GCCACUGAUCGUUCAAAGACAUUUCUGAAAGAAUGUAUACAAGGCGGAUGCACUUGAUGCGGCACCCAAUGUUCCUGACAACAUUGUGCUUAACGUUUGUGGUGCAAAUGUGUUUCGGACUUCCUGGCAAGGCGAAUCUUGAGAAGGACGCUUUCAUGGGGCCGAUGGAGCUAAUCGAGAAAUGGGGUUACCCAGCGGAAGAGCACUUCGUGGUCACUGAAGAUGGAUACGUACUCUCGCUCUGCAGAAUCUUACAUGGCAGAGGCUUUCACAGCUACGAGCGCUUUCCUGGGCCGCCUCUGCUUCUUGUCCAUGGUAUCAUCUCAUCCGCUGCUGACUGGGUCAUCAACAUGCCACAUCAAAGUCUUGGUUUUGUUCUCGCGGAUGCCGGCUACGAUGUCUGGAUGAUCAAUACAAGAGGAUCACCGUAUUCAGAUCAGCAUGAGUAUCUGAAUAGAAGAAGCCGGGAGUACCUGACGUUCAGCUUUGACGAUAUUGGGCGCUAUGACCUUGCUGCUUCCAUCGACUUCAUAUUGAGGGCAACAGGAACGCAACAGGUGUCCCUGGUGGCCUGGUCGCAAGGUUUCACCGAGUGUUUGGUCUUGCUUUCGGACCGACCAGAGUACAACUUGAAGGUGAGCAUACUGGUUGGCUUGGCACCUGUCGCCAAUAUCACACAUAUUGCGACGCCUUUGACACUUUUGGGUCCUUUCGCCCCAUACAUGAAGGUUGCCAUCGACAUCGUGACCAAAGGCAGCCUUUUGAGAUCCAAUCUAGUCACGCGGGCUCUCAUUAAUUACUUCUGCAAUAGCGUGAUCAGGGGCUUCUGCUUCUUUCCAACCCAGAUCAGCGUUGGUGCCAGUCAUUAUCAGCUCAAUAAGACGAGAAUCCCUGUGUACACGGCACAUAUGCCAGCUGGAACGACGACAAAAAACUUGGUUCAUUACGCGCAGAUGUACAGAAAGAAGAAUUUUGUGAAGUUCGACUAUGGAAGCGAAGAGAACAUGGUUGUUUACGGACAGCCGGAACCCCCAGAGUACGACCUCAGCCGAAUCAUGGCACCCAUCGCUCUUUUCUCUGGACCAGGAGAUCGCCUGGCAGAUUUACAAGACAUCGAAGACCUGAAGCACCAUCUCGGAUCUCUGGUUUACGACUACCUUGUGCCGCAAGAAGACUUCGCGCAUCUUGACUUUGUCCUGGGAAUCCACGCGCAAGAGAUCUUGUUCGAGCCCGUGCUUGCCGUCCUCGGGCAGUUUCAGUUACGGAGAUAGUCUGAGGGAAGGACAUCGUAUUUGAAAUACCUCUCACCUCAUGGAAUCCGUUCGAGGCAACCUGAACAACGUGAUGCUAGAGCUAUAUAGGACAUGAAGCAGCACGAUGCAAAGAGUGUGGUCCGUGGCGUAAACUGUGGAGCCAUUGGGAUACUUCUGUGAAUAUUUUUCAAAGAAGAGAGACCAUUGCACUUUUGGGUAUUUUGGUUGUCGUGUGGGCAUAUCUUUCCCCCCGUCCGUGUUAAAGUUCCAUUGAGUAUAGGCGAGACUUGGACGUGUCGUGCCAAUGUUUCCCUUUAUACCGGUGCCAGCAAAGACUUAUCGGGAACUACACUGAUGAAACAGAACUUCACCGCAUCACCUCAGGUGUUUGCAGGAAGGUUGAACUCAGGUGUUUUUACUUAGUUUUUACUGUAGACUCGGGUCGUUGCGUGUUCCUAUCUGUGUUUGUCAUGCUUAUAGAGUCAUAUAGUCAUAUCACGUGUUGGUCACAUAUCGUACUAAUGUCCCUCUGGGGGUAUGCAGACAGUGAGCGCGACAUUUUUAUCGCAGGUAGCAGGUUAUAUGUGACUGAAUUAUAUGUUCUUGGAGUUGUCCAUCUGGAGUUGAGCUUCCCAGCUGUGAAAGGUGUCAUUGCAUCACUUUUUUUUCUACACGGCUCAAUGAACGCACAGGAGUUCGCACAAGUGCCAUUAAGAGUACACUGCGUUUUUCCCUGAUGGAUGGAUGUACAGAAUGGCAAUGGUUUUUGUUGGAUGAACACGAGCAAAGUUGUGGAGAAACUCAUCAACAUUUUAAUGUGUUAGCAUUAGGAGUGUCAAAGUGGAAAAAGCUUGAUGUAUAUAUAUGUGUGUGUGUGCGUCCGUGUAUGAGAUGGUGAAGCGUCCCCGAGGCAGAGGUAUGAUGGUAAACGUAAAUGGAGGUAAAUGAUAUGAAAUUGUUAAAGAAAAGGUAAGAGUAAGAGGUAAGGGCAAUUGAACCUCUGUAUGGCAAUAAUAGAGAUAAGUCGACAUAUCCCUUUUUUACUAUUUUUUCUGCAAUGACAUCUACAUAUCAGUAUGCAUGCGGCUGCCAAAGAAAAAUUUAGGACCGUAUUGCAAUUCAAAGGCCCCUUACAGGAGGAUAAGAAACGGGACAUGCAUGCGUGUCAAUGGGACGGACAAUCAGAUGGGCCACUUUUCUCGGUUUCAGAUUUUUCGGCUUAUCCCCUUAUCGCAUACGGUAGUUCAAUUAAAGG